GAGGGGAGGGGGUGUUAAAGGGCCCGCGGCGCGGCUGGGCGCUGUCGCUGUGCGCCAUGGCCUACCAGGGCUUCGCGCAGGAGUACCUGGGCAUGCCGGCCGUGACGCGGGCCUACACCACCGCCUGCGUGCUCACCACCGCCGCCGUGGUGAGGGCGUGCGGGGUCCCUGCGGGGGGAGGCUGUGGCGGGGAGCUGGAGUUCAUCACCCCCUUCCAGCUGUACUUCAACCCCGACCUCAUCUUCAGGAAGUUCCAGAUAUGGAGGCUGAUCACCAACUUCCUCUUUUUUGGGCCCCUGGGAUUCAGUUUCUUUUUCAACAUGAUAUUUCUGUACAGGUACUGCCGCAUGCUAGAAGAAGGCUCCUUCCGUGGAAGGACGGCUGACUUUGUCUUCAUGUUCCUCUUCGGAGGGUUUCUCAUGACACUAUUUGGACUCUUUGCCAGCCUGUUUUUCCUGGGCCAGGCUUUCACCAUCAUGCUGGUGUAUGUGUGGAGUCGCAGGAACCCUUACAUCCGCAUGAACUUCUUUGGGCUUCUUAACUUCCAGGCCCCCUUCUUGCCCUGGGUCCUGAUGGGAUUCUCUCUGCUCCUGGGCAACUCCAUCAUCAUCGACUUACUGGGGAUUGCAGUGGGUCACAUCUAUUAUUUCUUGGAAGAUGUUUUCCCCAACCAGCCUGGAGGAAAGAAGUUGCUGUUAACCCCUGGCUUCCUGAAGAUGGUAUUUGACACACCUGAAGAGGAUCCCAACUAUAACCCUCUCCCUGAGGAUCGUCCAGAAAACCAACCUAGAGACCAAGACCAGAACCAGCAGCAGCAUCCACAGUAACACAAGGGACUUCUCCAUGUGGCCAGAUUCCUCUCUUCCGGCUGGACUUAUGCUGUGGCCCAGGAUCCUACUGGAAUAACACCAGUUGCCAUUCCAAUGUGUAAUGUUUCACUAUUUGUAUGGGUAACCCAUCUUCCCUUUUUAUCAAGUGGUUCCACAGAGCUUUGCACAUAAGAACAGAUGAAUGCUUACGGAGGUGUUCUAGGGACAGGGACUGGAAGUUGUGAUGGCUCCUCAGUUACCCAGGGGGGAAUAAGUAUCAAAUGGGGUGUUAAACCAAUUACUCCUUCUCUUGCUGUUAAUGACUUGCUGUGUGCCAGGUCACUCUUGUCCUCUGUACAAAGACUAAUGCUCCUGGCUCUCACUGUUGUGAGACAUCUCUGUGGGCUUUCAAUGAAGUAGUACUCCCAACUCUGCCAUGGUAGAAUGCAGCUCAGCCUCUUCCUUUCCUCUAAGUCCCCCACUCCUUUUUUUGGUUGUUUCCAAAGAGUCUUUACAUUAAAGUCUUUAUUUUUCAGUUGUGUGUCUGUUUCUGCCAGGGACAGAGGCAGCAAUUCACCAGUACUCAUCAGGACUUUGUUCAAAACUGCCAGGCUGCUUGCUUGGGCUUUUCUUUUUUGGUGGGCAAAGCAAAGUUCAGGCUAGCUGGAAUGUGUCCUUCCCCUCUUCUGUCAGCAGGACUGCAGAGCAUGAGGAGGGGGGCGGGCGUGUGUCUAGUUGGACAAAGGGAUGCCUGGGAAAGGACAGGGGACAGAGCCGGACACUUGAUCCAGGCAGUGACUGGAAGUAGCACUUGACACUAGUAAUAAAGGCUGUCUGCACAUGCAGUGUAA